UUUUUUUUUCCAAGAACAAAAAAGGAGGCAUUUGAAGUUAUAUAUUCGUUCUGAAGCAAGCAUAUCCUCUCCUCAGUCGUUGACUUUGAAAUUGAAUGGUCGGGCUGAGCAAAUGAGAAAAAAGAUGUGAUGGGCCAUUAGCGUUUCCGUGGGGACGGCACGAUAACUCGAUAAGCUGGUGAAGAUCGCUAUUGAUACUUGGAUUAUGAGGCGCCAAAUUAAAGCCAAGUAUUUAAACGAUGGCUUUUCCUGGUCCACCCAUUUUCCUGCGGAAAGAUACCUCUAUUUCUUUUUCUUUUUUUUGAAUUUAGGAAGAAGAGGCUUCUUAAAUCUUAAAUUGAGAAAAAUGUUUAGAUGAGAUCUUUACCUGCUGUGUCUCUUCUUCCGUUUCUCAAUAUUUCCGUACCUUGUCAUUGAAAUGCAUUUCCUUUGAGGUUAUUGAUAUACCAGUUAUAUCAACCACACUGACGAUUGUUGAAGAAGACCAAAGCAACAUACAGAAGUUUCAUAAAUCGGUUUCACAAUGCGGAUUCAGCUUCAACCACAAUGCUCUGGCUUUUCAAAUUCUGUAGCCCAUCAAUUCGGCCUCAUCCCUUUAUCAUCCCUCCCGUGUUGUUGCACACGACUUGUUUGCUUUAUCGAAUCUUUAUUUCAGUUUCCCAACGGAAUAGAUUCAAGAGUGCGCAUUUGAGACUAAGAAGGAAUCAGAGGAUGGUAAUUUCGGCUGCGAACGAGCAGAGCUCGAGCGUUGGUUCUGCGAGGAAAAGAAAAGUUGUGGAACACAUUUGCCUGCUCAAAGCAAAGCAAGAUUUAUCCGAUGAGGAAGAGAAGGAUAUGCUGGAUUAUUUGUAUACAACACAGUAUCAAAUGGGCGGUGUUGUGGCAAUUUCGUUGGGACGCAUUUCUGCUUCAAAUCCAGAGAACUAUACACAUGGCCUUUAUAUGCGCUUUCAAAGGAGAGAAAACCUUGAAGGAUUUUACGAGAAUCCCUUUUACUUGAAGGUUCUGAAGGAGCAUGUAUUAACUUACUGCCAUGGAUUAAUGAAUGUGGAUUAUGAAUCUGAAGUAGAAGAUGAGAUGCUUUCUAUAUUCCGCAAAGGCGAGGAGUUCAACUACGGAGUGGAAUUUGUGCUUCUGAUUUCAUUUCGUGAUGGAGUAUCUGCUGAAAAAAUGAAAGAUGCAUUAACUUCCCUGUCUUUGUUGACAUCGGGAUCUCCUUCCUUGAUAAUCCAAUCAACUCAAGGUUCAAAUUUUACUCCAAGCUCCAAGGAGUAUACCCAUGGAGCAGUGAUACGAUUUCGAUCAGCUGAUGCUUUCGAGAUAUUUACAGGCAGCAAAGAGUAUAAAGAUAUGUGGCUGUCUAAGUUCCAGCCUAUCAUCCAGAAAGCACUGUCUCUUCAUUACUCUGUUGAUCCAGUGGGAACUGAAAUUAUGUAGCGAGGAUUUGAUUUCUUGACAAGAGAUGCGGGUUGGGUUAUUCUAUUUUAUCAGAACAAGGAUAAAGGUUAUUGCCUGCCUUUUCACGGUGAAACUAUGGCAAAAUAGCCAUUCCUUUCUGCAACAUUCCGAAUUUUGACUUGGGAAAAUUGCCUUUGCUUGUUGCACGCAGGUAUAAUUGUACAUGUCAUGUAUAUCAUGUCAUGUCACAUAUAUGCAUUUAGAGAACGUGGUGCCUGUAUAAUAUCUUGGAAUUGGUCUAGUGUUGCUAAUGGAUGUCAAAAUGAGGCCUUGUAGGUACUCUAAUCAGUGUCCCUCAAUCUAUCGUGUAAAUGCUAUGUAAUGGAUAUUAUGAACAUGCAAAAGCUAAUAGUUUCAAUCAAUUUGACAAGAGAAAGCUAUUCAAGGGAAGCAUUAAGUUUCA